UGGGCCUUUCUCCCCGCCCCCACUUCUGCCCCUGCAGUCAGCGUCACCGUGGGGGGCAAGCAGUACCUCCUGGGACUCUAUGACACGGCGGGACAGGAAGACUAUGAUCGUCUGAGGCCUUUAUCUUACCCAAUGACUGAUGUCUUCCUCAUAUGCUUCUCGGUGGUGAAUCCAGCCUCAUUUCAAAAUGUGAAAGAGGAGUGGGUACCGGAACUAAAGGAAUACGCGCCGAAUGUACCCUUUUUAUUAAUAGGAACUCAGAUUGAUCUCCGAGAUGACCCCAAAACUUUAGCAAGACUGAAUGAUAUGAAAGAAAAACCUAUAUGUGUGGAACAAGGACAGAAACUAGCAAAAGAGAUAGGAGCAUGCUGCUACGUGGAAUGUUCAGCUUUAACCCAGAAGGGAUUGAAGACUGUUUUUGAUGAGGCUAUCAUAGCCAUUUUAACUCCAAAGAAACACACAGUAAAAAAAAGAAUAGGAUCAAGAUGUAUAAACUGUUGUUUGAUUACGUGAGAAACAUCUUCAGUGGCCAAGGAAACUGUCCAUUUCUCUCUAAGCAAGCAUAUGAAAUGCUACACCUAUACCCAGACCUCUUAUAAAUACUGAAGCAGUUCAAAACUUGAAAGGCAAAAACAACUGUCACCAGAAUUCUAUAAAGUUCAUUAAGAAUGUUUCUUAAAGGUCCAAGAAGCAGUAAACGGCAUCUGAAGCCACAAUCUAUUAUAAAUACUUUAUUUCAACUAGAAGGUACAAUCUCUCAGGGGUUUCAUAGUUUAAAAAGGUACAAUCACAUCAUGUAACUACAUUAAAAAAACAGUGCUGUAAAUGGAACUGCCUGGCUUAGACCACAUAUAUUUCUGCACAGUCUUUAUGGAAUCUGCACAAGAAAAUCUUCCUUUGUUCCAAUUAAUUGUUCUUAUAUGUAAGUUGCUUUCUAUUCCAGUAUAUCCAGAGUGGUGAAAUAACAAGGCCAGCCACGUAGCCAAAGGUCGCUCCAAGCGUACAGGAGAUGGGCCAUACCUGAGGAGAGAAUGUAUGAGAUCAAGAGAACAAAUGUUUUAUUAGUACUUGAGCACAAGUUAAGUGUAACCUAAAUAUUUCUAUAUUAAAGCUUAAUGUGCUUUCUUAAAGAAUGCCAAAAGUGUAAUAAGGUCAUAACUGCAUUUAUCAUGAACACUAAAAAUGUACACGUUUUAGUUAAUGUGCAUUCAACUGUAACAAGGCUUCUGGCGACUGUAGAUUUAGUUUGAUGCUACCCAAACUGCAUGAGAGACAUGCUAAAAUUACAAAUUAAAAUUUUGGGUCAGACUUUGCCAUAAUCUUGGACUCAGUUUAGCUCUCUGAAGUUGGUAAUUUUGUUUUUGAAUUUCCACAUUGGCUUGUAUAGCAAAUGAAAUGAGAAGUAUGUAUGAUGACCAAACCACAAGAAACUAAAUUGUGUUAGAGAAAAGACCUAGAAUUCAAGCAUGUUACAUGGAACUUAUAACGAAGCAAUUGCUUCCAUUAUAAAACUGAUACCAUCUUUCAGAUACAGUAUUGGAACCAUAGCAGAAGUUAUAGAACUACAAUGUAAGCCAAACACCUAGAGUGUAAGUUAAACAAAAUACUGGCUUCCAGGUACCCAUUUCCCCCCAGCCAUAUUACAUUUCACAAUAUUACACCAAGCCAGAAGUAAAUAAUCCACAAGCAGUGCAUGUUGGUCCCUAGGUGAAAGCCCCAUUCACAUUACCUGUGAAGCUUAUCUGGUAUACUAGAGCACUUAUAGUCUUUCUCUGGGGGAAACAGGCCAUAGAACUGUGUUAGAGGUGAACCAUCUUAAUUACCAGCUCUGUUACCUAAUUACUUCCUUGUUUGGAUCUGCCUUAUUCCACAUACCAUGCAACAGACCACAGUGUUAGACAGUUACAGUAUGAACAGACCAGUGCAGUUCAGAGAAGCAUAAUCUCAUCCAUACAUCCCCCCCCUUUCCUACAUUUAAACUUGCUGUUGCCUAAAUUAUGAUUUUAUGUCUUUGGUAGGCUCCUGUUAAUUUCCAUGACUUGAGCUUAUAGCUAUAUCUAUUGCACUGAUUGGGUAAUGGAACACUAAACUUUUAUACUUGAAAAUGACAGCCUUAAAUCCUCAUUAUCAGUCACAAAUCUAGGAUGGACUGUCUUGUAUGUGAGCUUUGUAGAGACUUUUUAAAACAUAGUCUACUGGAUAACUAGUCAGGAGUUUCCUCUCUGAACUGGACAGUGGAUGCUUGCUUUCUCCCCCGAAGUGGUGGUUCACAUUAAGUACCAUGGCCUAUGUAUGCUCAAAUGAAAUCUCAUGUAAUGUUCUCAUUUAAUUUUGGUCUGCUAUUUUUAGAUAAAAUUGAAAGGAACUGUAUAAAUCAAUUAGUAUAUUAGCUAAGCUGUCCAACACAUGGUAUAAAGGAAUUAAGACAGUAAAGUAUUAUACAUUUCCAACUUGUCUUUGGGGAUUUGGUGGGAAUUUAUUUUUUCUCAAAUUCACAUCUCUGAACUCUUCACACUUGUUUUUACUAGCCAAUGAAAGUCAAAAUCUAGAAUUUGUCCUACCCUAAGAGAAAUGGACUAGAAAUCUGGAAACACAGCUCUGGUAUCACCUGUUUCAUGAAUGGGCUUCUGUUUUCUCAUCUAUAAAUGUGGAAGAUAUAUGGGAGAUAUCUGUUGAUCUCCAAUGUCACUCCCUUAUAUCAACUCUUACGAUUCUCUUCUUUUGCACAAUCAUGGUUGGACAUUACCUUUUCAGAUUCACAUUCAUAAGAUGGUAAAAACCCUGUACAUAGAUUAUUAGAACUCUAAGCAAAGAUGAUUGCAUCAUCUGAACCUGAAGUGCCUUAGGUACUCUAUUGACCUUCAUGGGGUUUGGAGUUUCCCAUUGCUUAUUAAGAGCCUUUUCAUUGCUUUGGUUCUUUAGUAAAUUUCUUUUUGCAAAAUCCUUCUGGCCACUUUAACUAAAAACCAAAGAUUUGUUUCCUAUUCAUAUGCAGAUUGUAGAAAAUUGCCUUAUUUUCAGAAAGCCGGCUUCAUUAAAGGUUUAAGUCUCAAUAGAAAUUCAAACUAGUCACUCAACAACUAGUACAAAGUAGUGAGAUAUCUGGGAAAUAAAGUACUUAAAAAAUAUCUUAUUGACAUCAGUUUUGCUAGUGAGUGCAAAUACACUGCUUCCAGUAAGGUCAUGUAUGAAUGAACUUAAACUUGUAGUUAAUAUUUUAUAUAAUCAGUUCUGAAGCUCUUAAAAGUGAUUUUAGAGGCCCCCUGAAAUCUUAUUUAACACGUUGCUAACUUACACCCUCAUUCUAUCUCUCACGGUAUAUUUUGGGUUUGCCCAUUUCGAAUUACCAUAUUUCCAUAAGCAAAGCCUGAAUUAUGGUUUUUAUUGUGAAUUAGUUACUUUAGACACUGCUUCCAUUUGAUUUUCAAUUAUUCAUUUUAAGUACCAAAUUAAAUACUGGUUUGUUG